UUGUGCUUCAUUCAAGAUGGCGCUGCGCUCGGUAUUUGUUCGUGUGUCAAGGAAAUUGUAUGAUUUUAGAGUCAAUAACGCGAGGACAUUUGUCACAACAGCAUUCCUCUGUCGACGGAAGCCUCCAUUGGGCCCCAUGCCAAAUGAAGACAUUGACGUCCAAAACAUUGAUACGAUUGAAAAAUAUCGUACCUACAACCGUUACUUCAAACAUGCUCAAGUGGCGAACAGCAAGCCGGUCUGGUGGCACACCUAUCGUGGUUAUAUGGAGAAAGAGGAUCCAGAACUUGGUGAGAAACGACCACGUAUGCUGGCGUAUAAGAACAUGUUAAUAAAAACAGACAAUCAGUACUUUGGGGUUGACAUUUUGGAGACGCGUCUUUUUGCAGGCGUUACGCGAGUGGACAUUGGACUACGUCGGUAUCGACUCCCCAGAACUCAUGAAGUGAGGGAGAGGAGUCAAGUGAUGAAGACGAAUAAGAAGAAUGUCGAACUGGAGAGGAGUUGUCGUUUGAGAACAUUUAAGAUUAAUUUAGAUGCGGUGCAGGAAACGUGGGAGAAAAGCAAUGGUCCUUUUCAAAUAAGACGACUGGCAGACCAUUAUGGAAUCUACAGGGAUCUUUUCCCCAUGGCGUUUUUCCUGCCACAGAUCCCUUUGCGUAUCCGCUACGGCGAGGAAACGAGUGCUCAAGUGCAUUAUGGGAAUCCGCUGACACCGACGGAAGCGGCAUCUGCUCCCAGUGUCAGCUUUAAUGCCGACGAGGGCACGCUUUGGACCCUCCUGCUCACUUCCCCAGAUGAACAUCUUCUCGAUAAUGAAGCCGAAUACCUGCACUGGCUUGUUGCGAACAUACCAGACGGAGCGUUGCAGUCCGGGGAAGAACUUUGUCACUAUCUGCCACCUUUUCCCGCAAGAGGAACGGGCUUCCACCGCUACGUUUACAUCCUUUUCCAGCAGGAAGGGCCGAUAAACUUCCAAGAAGAUAGAAGGCCAUCGCCGUGUCACUUGCUGGAACACCGUACUUUCAAAACAGUGGAUUUCUACAGAAAGCAUCAGGAUAGCAUGACACCAGCAGGUCUGGCGUUUUUCCAGUCCCAGUGGGACGAAUCUGUGACGACCACCUUUCACAACACACUCGACAUGGCGGAGCCCGUGUUUGAAUUCAUCCGUCCUCCAGUAUACCAUCCACCACAAGUGAAAUUCCCCCACAGACAACCUCUACGAUACCUGGACCGAUACAGAGAUGGAAAGGAGCAAACCUAUGGCAUAUACUGAUUAACAGCUGGCAUUUUUAACCUUUUAAAUAGACUGACAAGACCUUGUAAAUACCUUUUAGAGUCACAAUACUUGUGGCUUUUUGUGUGUCAGGUUGUUUCAUGGAGUAAAGGUUGAACAUGUGCUGAAUAAAUAAGGCCUUUGUCAUGAUUAUU